CAACAACAACAACAACAGUCCUCAUCAUCGUCAUCCUCUGCUGCGCAUCCGCCAUCAUGUCGGCGACGCUCUUCUACGUUUUUGACCGCAAAAAGAACGCCCAGUUCCGCGAGGCGUGUAGGCGGGACCCCUACCUCACGCGCAAAGAAUUCGCCCGCCGGCGCAAGCUCAGUGCUCUGGAGAGGCUCGAGGAGGAGGAGCUGCAGCGGAGCAUCAUGAUUCGCAAGUCUCUUGCGAGUCGCGGGCCGUCGAGGAGUAAUAGCUGCGAGGACGUGUUUGAUCUAUCUUCGAUGCAGGAGCAGCACCACAGCCGCCACAACCACCAGAUGACGGAGAUGGAUAUGCCGGAGCCACCGAGGGGCAGGCAGCAGAUGAGGGAGCACCAGGAGGGAUUACAAUUACAUCAAGGGCGACAAUCAUCUGGGGAGUGGGCGCCUAGCGAGGGGAGAAGCAGGUCCGGGUCCGAGACUUCGAGUUCGGCUUCGUCUGCGCGGCGGGCUUAUACUGGGCCGGGGUGUUCCGGUGUGGAUGCCGAUGGUGCCGGGACCCUGCUGACGCCGCAGUCGAGCGGGACGGGGCCGAGCCGGUUGGUGCUGGAUAAGGAGACUGCGCCGCCGCCGAUUCACCCGAUGGAGGAGAUUACACGACCUUUACCGGCGGUGCCCAGAACUGAUGGUCCUUCGCAUCUGUCAUAAAGACAGGGUCUGGAGUUGGAGUGUAUGUUUACGAGAUUUGAAGCGGGAGGGGCCGGAAGGGUUGCCCCGUUGGUGUAUUCUUGUACCUUCUUUUACCGUACUUUUCAUUUGUAUUGAUACCCAUGAUCGAAUACACGU